CUCUCUUCCUUUUCAAGGAAAAAAGAAAGAGGCAGACAGAAAUCGAAGGGAAGAGAAGGCAGCUGGACGAGCAAGUACUGCUGCUGCAGCAUUCCAAGUCCAAAGUGCUCCGGGAAAAAUGGCUGCUGCAGGGUAUGCCUGCGGGAACAGCGGAGGAAGAGGAAGCCAGGAGGCGGCAGUCUGAGGAGGAUGAGCUCAAAGUCAAGCAGCUUGAAGAUAACAUUCAGAGGCUGGAGCAGGAAAUACAAGUGCUCGAAAGUGAAGAGUCCCAGAUAUCUGCCAAAGAGCAGCUCAUCCUCGAGAAACUGAAGGAGACAGAGAAAUCCUUCCAGGACUUGCAGAAGAGUUUCUCCACGGCUGAUGGAGCAUCUGGGUGGUCCGGUGUGCUGCUACAGGGGGAUGAGGCAACUGCAGAUUCCAUAGGAACCAUAGGAACCAACGCAGACAUGGCCAUCGAGAAGCCUCCCCAGCUUUCGGAGGAUGCUAACCAGCUGAGAAGCAAGCAGGACAACUGUGGUGACACUCGCCUGGAGCCUGCUGCCAGCUCUCCCUCCCCAGAUCACAAAAACAUGGAAAUUGAGGUGUCCGUGGCAGAAUGUAAAAGUGUGCCUGGAGUCACCUCUACCCCCCAUUCCAAGGACCACUCUUCCCCCUUAUACUCGCCCUCACACAAUGGCCUCCUCGCUGAUCACCAUGAGUCCUUAGAUAACGAUGUCGUCAGAGAGAUCCAAUAUCUAGACGAGGUGCUGGAGGCCAAUUGCUGUGACUCCUCUGUGGAUGGGACUUACAACGGAAUCUCCUCCCCAGAGCCUGGCGCGGCCAUACUGGUGAGCAGCCUGGGCUCACCUGCCCAUACACCUACCCCCUCAGCUACUCAGGCCGAACCCACUGAGAAAGCAUCCGGCAGGCAGGUGCCUCCUCACAUUGAGCUCAGUAGAAGCCCUUCUGACACCAUGGCUGAAGGAGAAAGAGCCAAUGGGCACGCCAUUGACCAGCCCCAAGGCAUGCUGGGGGACGGCCUGCAGGCCCCUGCCAGUCCCAGCUCCUCUACCAGCUCGCACUGCUCCUCCCGAGAUGGGGAGUUCACGCUCACCACGCUGAAGAAGGAGGCCAAGUUUGAGCUGCGGGCCUUCCAUGAGGACAAGAAACCCUCCAAGCUCUUCGAGGAGGAUGAACGGGAGAGGGAGCAGUUCUGCGUGCGGAAAGUGAGGCCCUCGGAAGAGAUGCUCGAGCUGGAGAAGGAGCGGCGGGAGCUCAUCCGGAGUCAGGCUGUGAAGAAGAAUCCGGGCAUUGCCGCCAAGUGGUGGAAUCCCCCCCAGGAAAAAACUAUUGAGGAGCAGCUGGACGAGGAACAUCUGGAGUCACACAGAAAGUACAAGGAGCGCAAAGAGAGAAGGGCACAGCAGGAACAGCUACAGCUACAGCAACAGCUGCAGCAGCAGCAACAGCAACAGCAGCAACCGCCCCUGCCCCAGCCCUGCAUAGCCCCAGCUUCUCACGAACACCUAGACGGCAUUGAACGCACCAAAGAGGAUGUGGUCACCGAGCAGAUUGACUUCUCUGCAGCACGCAAGCAGUUCCAGCUGAUGGAGAAUUCCCGGCAAACGGUGGCCAAGGGCCAGAGCACACCACGGCUUUUCUCCAUCAAGCCGUUCUACAGACCACUUGGAUCCCUCAACUCAGAUAAGCCACCAACCAUCUUGAGACCAGCUACCCUUGGGGGACCUCUGGAAGAUUGCAGCAGCCAGGCAGCCAAGGGACAGAGAGAGUCCUGUGUAUCCGAGAACCAGUCUCCAGGAGCAGGCCCGGGUAGCACUGCCACUCAGGGAAAGGAAGGGCCAUACAGUGAGCCUUCUAAACGUGGACCCUUGUCUAAAUUGUGGGCAGAGGAUGGGGAGUUCACGAGUGCCCGGGCCGUGCUUACUGUAGUCAAGGACGAAGAUCAUGGGAUUUUGGACCAGUUUUCAAGAUCUGUCAAUGUGUCUUUGACCCAAGAGGAGCUGGACUCAGGUUUGGACGAACUGUCUGUGAGGUCUCAGGACACCACUGUCCUGGAGACUCUGUCCAAUGACUUCAGCAUGGACAACAUUAGUGACAGCGGGGCUUCCAACGAGACACCCAGUGCCCUUCAGGAAAACUCUCUGGCUGACUUCCCUCUGCUCCAGACUCCCCAAACAGACAACCCCUCAGAGGGCCAAGAAGGAGUCUCCAAGUCCUUCAGCGACCAUGGUUUCUAUUCUCCUUCUUCCACACUGGGAGAUUCCCCAUCGGUGGAUGACCCCUUGGAGUAUCAGGCUGGGCUCCUGGUGCAGAAUGCCAUCCAACAAGCCAUAGCUGAGCAGGUGGAUAAGGCUGAGCCGUACACCAGCAAGGAGGAGCCAGAGCAGCAGGGACCCGAAGCAACAGCCGAGGAAGCCGAAAGCCUGGCUUCUGGCACUGGGAAACCCCAGAGCAUGUUUGCGCCACCUCAGGUGUCCUCUCCCGUUCAAGAGAAAAGGGAUGUGUUACCAAAGAUCCUCCCCGUGGAGGACAAGGCACUCAGGGAAAAGGGGCCCUCCCAGCCACUGGCAGCUGUACAGCCUAGCGGGCCAGUCAACAUGGAAGAGAGCAGGCCCGAAGGAGGCUACUUCAGCAAGUAUUCAGAAGCAGCCGAGCUGAGAAGCACAGCCUCCCUCCUGGCUACGCAAGAGUCUGAUGUCAUGGUUGGGCCCUUCAAACUAAGGUCAAGGAAGCAGCGGACUUUGUCCAUGAUCGAAGAAGAGAUCCGAGCAGCCCAGGAAAGGGAAGAGGAGCUGAAGCGACAGAGACAAGCGGCCCAGAGCGUCCCCAGCCCCAGGGCCAAGAAUGCCCCAUCGCUGCCUUCCAGAACUCCCUGCUACAAAACUGCUCCAGGGAAAAUAGAGAAAGUCAAACCUCCUCCAUCCCCCACAACCGAAGGUCCCAGCUUGCAGCCUGACUUAGCCCCCGAAGAGGCUGCCGGAACCCAGCGGCCCAAGAACCUGAUGCAGACCCUCAUGGAAGACUAUGAGACACACAAAUCUAAAAGGCGCGAGAGAAUGGAUGAUAGUAGUUACACCUCUAAGUUACUGUCUUGCAAGGUGACUUCCGAGGUCCUGGAGGCCACACGGGUUAAUCGAAGAAAGAGCGCUCUGGCCUUGCGCUGGGAGGCGGGGAUUUAUGCCAACCAGGAGGAGGAGGAGGGCAAUGAGUAGAAGGAAACGCCUUUGCUGAAGGAGUUUCCGCAAAGAAACCGAGAAAUGAUCAAUUCAGAAGCAUUUUCACCGACUAUUUAUUGAAGUGCAUACAAACUCAACCGUUCUCAUGUAGACCAGAAGCUGCAAUGCACAAUGGUAAAAAAAAAAAUAAACAAAUAAAACAAAAAGGAAAAAAAAAAGCGAAGAAGUCCACCCAUCAAACUCUGAGACCAGAGAGUCAGAAGAGAAAGGAUUUCUUCAUGAUUCAAAGAAGCCCCUGGCUUUGGACCAUUCCACAACCAAUCCAAAGGGACACAGGCCUGACAAAUGAGUCAGCAUAGCUGCCGCAGGUAGAACUGAAGCCAGCCUCAGCUGGGUGACAAGGAGCAAGCGGUGACAUAGUUGUCCCAUUCCGAGGCGUCAAACAAGGCCCAGGCUGGUGCAGUCUACAGCAGACAGGCUCUUCAUUCCGCCACACCGGCUUCCAGCUCUUGCUCUCCUGAGGCAUCAGACAUGUUGGGCGACUCCCGUUUUCUCCAGCAGCCAUAAAGCGAGCGGUGUUUCUUUCCAUAGUUGCCCAAGAGGGGGCGAUGAUGAUUCAAUCUCGCUUAUGUGAAAUCAUUUUUAAUUGGGAACACUCAAUGGUCGCAAUAUAUAUAAAGACCUGUAUUUUUAAGACAAUAUCUCUUCAUGUUGCAGAUGCAAUCUGUUCUACGGUAGGAGGUUGAGAAUGCUAGGGGAGAGAGCCAAACCAAAUGGGUUAUUAGCUUUAGGACCUUCUGCUUAUCCUGGUGACUGGUCAUUUUAGGAAAACACACUUUCACAGUUCUGUUUCUUCAUAUGAAAAUUAUAUUUAGCAGGCAAUGACUAUUUUUAUGAUGGGAUGGGGGAUAGGAACAUGGAUAAAAUCUGUACCCAGUAAACAGCUUGGUUCGAGAUGGUAGGGAUGUUUUUAGAAUGGCAAUAAUUGAAAACAAAAAGGGGGGCAGGCUCUGCCUCAGAAGGGUAUAGAUGAUCAGAAGUAUGGUGUGUAUAACUAUUUUGUAUUUUAAAGUGGGCCUUAGAAGUGGUUGGGGCAUAGGGUGGACUCUCUUGGAUCUGAGAAAGGCAGUGUUAAAGUCACGGAGGUAAAGAGAGAAAUGGGGAGGGGGAGGGAGGAACACUAGGAAAGGAAGGAAGAGAGAUUAUUUUUGCUGAAUAACCAGUGUUUUUCAGGAUGACAAAGAGAAAAAUAUAGAAUAGAAAUUUUAAGUACAGACGUGGAAUCAGCUACAAAUCCUAAAGAUAGUGUGUAUGCCUCCGUGUGCCUGUAUAAUGAGUGUAUGUUCACGAGCAAGGGUAUGACGUGUGUGCGCGUGUGUGUGUGCGUGCGUGUGUUAAAAUUUCAGGUUGAUCGUGACACAUGGCUGGACAGUAGUUCCUCCAUGGCUGUCUGCCAGCUUCAGGAGUGAGUGAGAGUUUUCUUUUUUUAUGAAAAGGGAUAUCAAGGCACAGGGCUGGUGCGCUAUUUCUUAUAUUGAACCGACCUAACGUGGUGUUUGCGUGAGUCACAAUUGUGCAGUUUGGUGCAGUUUUGUAUUGGUGAUUUGACAUUUAGACCACAUCCUAUUUAUUCUUAUGCUUUGUCUUCAUGCCUCACGGACUAUAGAGGACUCCAGCUUUACUCUCUCUGUCAUUUAAAGCAAUAUGAUAAAGGGCAUUCACUAAUCAGGUGCCCUGAAUUUCUGGAUGAGGGAAUGUUUCAUUUCUGGCAAGGAGAGGGAGGGGGAGGAGGAAAAAGAAGAACUAACCAGCCUUCAUUAUUUUCCCUUUAUUUUAAAGACAAUUUCUUAAAAAAGCAAUAAUUAAAUCAGACCUUGCUAAAAUCCAUUUUUGUUUUAUGUUAUUAUGUCAUAGGAUUUAAUAUGUUAUUCUAAUAAGUAGCGGCUCCACAAUAUUUAUAUGUACCUUUCCACGUGUUAUCUUUACCCUUUUUUAUUAUACUAGCGCUGACUUUGGGGGAAAGCUUAUUCACUGGUAAGUGGUGGGCACGAGGUAAAAGGGAAUUGCCUGAUGACUGACAAGGAAGGACCUUUAAGAACUGCCAAGGGACCCGGUAACUCGAAGCCAAAGUCUACAGAUGGUAGCCAGGUUACACGAGGGGAGUGCACACUGUCUUUAGAUGGUUCGUUCUUUUAUCGUCAUAAUGUUUUUAAAAAUGCUAGACGUCGGGGCAGAGAACAAAUGACACCCCUGCUGCUGCAAGGAAUUUCCUUCACAGCAAGGGGAACUGGCCCAGGGCAAAUGUCCUGGCACACGACAUCUGUGUCGGAUCAGAAGUCCUGCUGGCCAGCACACUGGAGGGCACAGCUUUGUUUAAGGGGUUCCAGCUGGAGGCCCCAACUGCCUGGCCUGAGAACACAGUGAUGUGGGUGUCCCUUCCCUUGGGAAACACAGGGAUAAGUGUCCCAGGGCCCUACCCAGUGGCAGAUAGAGCUAGAGAGUGAGAUAGUACGGGUCGUACAAGAAAACUGGCUGCCCCGUGUUUUCUGGGAUCUGCUGGAGACUAGAGGCAGUGCAGACAACUCCCUCAGUUUUCACAAGAGGAAACGGUCCUCAUGAUGUCCUCAGAUUUCAUGUCCUGUUUGGAAGGGAACCUUGGACCCACACGGAGGGUACACUGAGGAAAGAAUCGGCAGCUGGAGCCCCCACACAGUCCGUGGGGUCACUUCGGUGGCAGAUGAAGUGGUCUUUUGAUUGCAAUAGAUUGAACAAGAAGUUCUGAAGGGUCGGGGAUUUAGAGCCGGGUACCGUGCGUGCAUGGGCCGUACUCCAUUUGUGGGUAAGGAGAGGCCCAGUUUCUGCCACUCUUUCCUGGUCACACAGCUGCUUUUUUUUUUUUUUUUUCCCACGGUGGCCCCUCCAUUUCCUAGUUUUCCUGGUUUCCCUGAAUUCUAAUGGCUCCCAUUUGUUUCCUGGCUCUCCUUGACAGUUCUAGAAUAUUCUAUUUAAAUGGAAAUCAGUUUCACAGGAGAGUCAGCUUUUCUCUGUGUUCUUGGCAAGGGGGGCGCGGUGUUUAAUUCUUUUUCCUUAUUCAAGAAGCAUUUGAGCCAUUGCUUUGGGCGGCUCCCUGUAGGCUCUAGGAUCCCACACGGGCCUCAUCACUUUACCCGACAUGAUCCAGCAGGUCCCUGGAGGAAAGGACGCCCUGCCCCAUAGGCCCAAGGUGAGAAGCUCCUCGCGAGUUUUGCCUCCGAAGCUCGGCUCUACCCUGCCUCAAAGCUUGUUAGUCUCAGCUGUAAGAAAUGUGUAGCUUCUGUAGAUGUUCACGACCCUCCUGAAGAACUCCACACCGCGGUGUUUGUACGCCCACUUCCCUCCAGAGCCGAGGCUGACAGCCUUGGCUGUCUUAUCUAGGAAUAAAGGAAGCAGGACACGGUGCACGUCCCUUCCUCUUCCCUGUGCAUGCUGCCCACCCUAGGCAACGACAUAGAAACAGUAUAUAAUCAGUGUCUGCACACACAUUCACGCACACACCCACACACACACUAGAACAAGGAACACCAAAAUAGUGUUGAUUGUUGUCUUUAAAGAUAUUUUUUUCCCCUGAAGAAUGGACUUAACCUAUGUAUUGAAAAAAAAAAAUAGCCUAAGUGUUAGAGAUGGUGAAUAUAUCCAGUUUCAGUUACACAACCAAUUUACUGGAUUUUAAGCGUUCCGUAAGCUGCCAAGUUUUAUUUUGUGUUGCUCUUUAUCCAAAUGAUUUUUCCUUAUUUUUUUUUUUUAAUUGGAGGAAGGGUGGGUUGGGGGGAUGAGGGGCAGCAGCAAUACUGUGUUUGAAAAACAAUGAUACUCUGUACCUGGCUUUCCUGUGUUAUGUUAACCACUUACAUGUUUUUAUUCUGCUUCAGUUUUAUAGUGACUGUGAAGGCGUUCCAUGCAGCUAUACAGUUAUUUUCUCAAUAAAACUCAACACGCGU